AUGCCAGAUCCUGUUCAAAUUCCUUCAGGUAAAAGUAACCUAACGUCAUUUCCGACUGCUUCUCCUCAACAUGUUCUACCGAUACCGAAAGUGGAACAGAAUAAGAAAAGAACUUCUCGAAAAAAAGGAAAAACAGCAAUUCUGACUUUAUCGCCAUAUUUCGAAGAGUUGAAAAAGGCCAAGGAAGAAACAAAAACUAAGGCGGCUAAAAAAGUAGAGCGAGUAAAAAGAAAAGUCAGCUUCAGUAAAGACGGAAGUAAAGCCACUAAAGAGAAAGUGGUUAAAAAGAAGAGGGUGUUGUUAAAUAAAGAUCUGAAAGACAAGACAAGAGACUCUGAUUCCAGUGACACUGAAGAUGAUGCCGAGUGUUUAUACUGCCAAGACUUCUAUUCAACUUCCAAUGAAGGAUGGGUAGCAUGCUCAUCGUGCUACAGUUGGGGACAUAAUUCUUGUGCAGACGUAGAUAGUGAGGAUGAUGAAUCAGUUUUCAUCUGUGAAUUAUGUGUAAAUUAA